AUGGCCAGUAAAGACAACUCGUCCCAAACUGCGGAUGAAGCCUGGACCAUACCAUCUGUCGCGCCAUAUCUCAUGUGCCUGGAUGGUCAUUGGUUCCACAUCAACUACGAUGUUCCAGAGGAGAAUACCCAGCAACUAGACAAACUGUACGACCGCGAUGCGAAGUACGAAGAGAUCCCAGAGCAUCUGAAGGCAUAUGAAAUCGAAAAGGAGGACACAGAUGUGGAAGAGGCAAAAGAGGUAAAACGGUACCUUGAGGAACAGGCCAAGCGCAAGAAGACCUCCGGGAAAUGA